GAGAAAGUCCAUGACCAUAUGCAGAAUCAUGAAGGUCCUUGUAGUUUUUGUUAUUGCAGCAUUCUCAGGUUGUCAUGCCAGUAUGAUGUGGCAGGACCAAGCAGAGCCUAGUAUGGACCUGGUGAAAAAUGCAUUCUGGAAUUAUGUUGCUCAAGCAACCCUCACAGCUGAGGACACAUUGCAAAUGAUCAGAAAUUCUGAACUGGGACAAGAAUUCAAUGACAGGAUCUCUAAAAGCACAGAUGCAAUAAACAAAUACACACUGGCCAUUCAUGGUCAAGUAACUCCUCUGACACAGGAGCUGCUGACCAAACUUUCCCAGGAGGCAGAUGAAUUGCAACUGUCUCUGGAACAGGAAAUUACAUCUGUGAAGUCCCAGCUUAAGCCUUAUGUUGAGGAGGUUAGAGAUGAUAUUCAGCAGCAGGUUGAGCAACUGAAGAAAGAUGUGGCCCCAUAUGCAGAGACCCUGAACUCUGAAGCCCUGAAAUCUACACUUCUCAAGGGAGCUGAGGAGCUAAAGGCAAGUCUGGAGAGAAAUUUGAUGGAGCUGGGCCCCAAAACUGAGGAGCUGAAGCAGAAACUGGACCAACACCUCCAGAACUUUCAGAUGAACAUGGCUCCAUUAGCCCAAAGCUUCCAGAGUCAGCUGGCCCAGAGAAGCCAGGAGAUUCAGAAGAAUAUUGCUCCCUAUACAGAGGAGCUGAUAAGCAAACUGGAUCCAUAUGCCCAGGACCUGAAGGGCCAACUAACAUCUCUCUGGGAGUCAUUUGCUAAGAACAAAUAGUAAUAAGUCUUUUAAGGCUUUAGAGACUUUUUGGAAAUGCAA